GGCCAGCACCGGAAGGCGGAAGCGGCACCGGGGGCCGGGCACCGGGUCCGGUUGGGGCAUGGCGGGGUCCGGUUGGGCCCCGCCGCGCCUGGACGGGUUCAUCCUCACCGAGCGGCUCGGCACCGGCACGUACGCCACCGUCUACAAGGCCUACAGGAAGAGGGACACGCGUGAGGUGGUGGCCAUCAAGUGCGUGAGCAAGAGGAGCCUCAACCGGGCCUCGGUGGAGAACCUGCUGACCGAGAUCGAGAUCCUCAAGACCAUCCGGCACCCGCACAUCGUGGAGCUCAAGGACUUCCAGUGGGACAGCGACCACAUCUACCUGAUCAUGGAGUUCUGCGCGGGGGGGGACCUCUCCCGCUUCAUCCGGAUGCGCAGGAUCCUCCCGGAGAAGGUGGCGCGCGUGUUCCUGCAGCAGCUGGCCUGCGCCCUCAAGUUCCUGCACGACCACAACAUCUCCCACCUGGACCUGAAGCCGCAGAACAUCCUCCUGAGCGCCCCGGAGCACCCGCAGCUGAAGCUGGCAGACUUUGGGUUUGCCCAGUACAUGUCCCCAUGGGAUGAGAAGCACGUCCUGCGCGGCUCCCCGCUCUACAUGGCCCCCGAGAUGGUGUGCCGGCAGCAGUACGACGCCCGGGUAGACCUGUGGUCGGUGGGGGUCAUCCUUUACGAAGCACUCUUUGGGAGGCCGCCCUUCGCCUCCCGCUCCUUCGCUGAGCUGGAGGAGAAGAUCCGCAGCGAUCGGGCUGUGGAGCUGCCCAGCCGGCCCCUGCUCUCCCCGGAAUGCCGGGAUCUCUUGGGACAGCUCUUGGAAAGGGACCCUUUGAAGCGCAUCUCCUUCGAGCGCUUCUUUGCGCACCCCUUUGUGGAUAUGGACCAUGUCCCCGGCCCCGAGAGCCUCUGCAAGGCGACCGACCUGGUGGUGGAAGCAGUGAAGAAGGAUCAGGAGGGAGAUGCCUCUGCUGCCCUGUCCCUCUACUGUAAAGCCCUGGAGUACUUUGUGCCUGCUCUGCACUAUGAAAGUGAUGCUCGCCGGAAGGAAGCCAUCCGGGCCAAGGUGGGGCAGUACAUCUCCCGAGCAGAGGAGCUGAAGGCAUUGGUCACCUCCAGCAGCAAGACCCUCCUGCAGAGAGAGAACCCGGCCAGAGAGCUCCUUAGAGAGAUGGCCAAGGACAAGCCCCGGCUCUGCACUGCGCUGGAGAUGGCUUCUGCUGCCAUCGCUAAGGAGGAGGAGGGCAAGGACGAUGCUGACACCCUGGAGCUGUACCAGCAGAGCCUGGGGGAGCUGCUGCUGCUGCUGGCUGCGGAGCCUGCGGGGAGGCGCCGGGAGCUGCUGCAUGCAGAGAUCCAGACCCUGAUGUCUCGAGCCGAGUACCUGAAGGAGCAGAUGAAGAUGCGGGAGGCACAAUCCAUGGGCAAGGAAGCGCUGGCAGAGCCCGUGCGGAGCACCUGUACCUUGCAGUGAUGCCCGGAGCCGGCCGCCGGGAUGCUGCUCACCCAGGGAGGAUGGAGGGGGUGACGAGGCUUUCAUCCUGCCUGCACUGGGGUGACCGCCUUGGGGAGCUCCCCUGCUCGGGUGGGUCCGCAGGGCCAUGUGCCUGCUUCCCUUCCCGACAGGCGGGAUCCCCUCCAGCCCUGGUGUGCCGUUAUUCCACCCUAAUUCCUUCUGCUGGCUGCCACGGGUGGGUGUUGUUAUCCUGGCACCGCCUCCGGCAGGAUAACCCCACAUCCUGCCCAUGCGGCUCCUGUCUCUUCUUCCACCUCCCGCAUCCUCCUGGGGUGGCCCUGAGCACCGCACAGCCCCACUGGUGGGGCAGGCAGCAGGGCUCGGCACGCUGUGCCUUUCUCACCCAGCAACUACCUCUCUGCGCCCAUCACCGCGCCUCCGGCCUCCAUGGCCCGGCCGGCCCUCCCUCCUGCUGCUCCUCAACCUGUGCUGGGGGCUGGUGGGUACCGACUGCGCUUUCAUCUGUGCCGUGAGGGGUCAGUGCUCAGUGGGCAGGGUGAGAGCUCUUGGGGCUCUCACAACCCCAGCAGCCCACUUAUGUCCCCAGACCACCCCCAAGUCCUGCUGAAUCACUUUGGGUGCUGAGGUCGCCUUGUCCUGCAGAGCAGGGGCCCUCCUCCCUGUCUGCUGCACUGCAAAGGGAACGUAAUUUAUUGUCUCAAAUAAACACUUGGUUUGGGUUUCUCCA